GUCAGUCGCAUACGGGUCAUGAUGGCUGCGGUCGAGUUGGCGCAGGCGGUACCGUGGCUGAAGCCGGUUUACACAAACAAAGCAGAACUUUAGCAGCGAAAACACAACUUCUACGAAGGACAACAAAUGAGCAAAAAUAUUCGGCUUCUCCCACUUGGACCGAGUCGGACCGUGACACCCCAGGAGGAACUGUUGAGCUGCUGUCAACUGGCGGUAUUUUGGACGGUAACAGAAUUGGAGAAGAUUUGCAACGAAUCGAAAGCCUUCCUGCGCGGCUACGUCCGUCUCUCCGGUCUCACUCGGCUCUCUAUCCGGAACGAUCAUCAUCAUCAUCAUGUCGUCCUGGUUCGGGGGACUCGGCUCCGGGUUCGGCCAGUCGCUUGGUCAGGUCGGGGGAAGCCUGUCCACCUUCACCGGGCAGAUCUCCAACUUCACCAAAGACAUGCUGCUGGAAGGGGCCGAGGAGGUGGGAGAUAUUUCUACAGAACUGAAGGUGUCCAAUUCGAAGCUGAUGGAAGUGGAAGCUACCUAUGCCAUGCAAAAAUCUGAGUGUGAGCGAUUGAAGAGGAUCUGUGCAGAGUUGGAGGAGAAGCUCGAAGCAGCUGAGAUCCAGAUUAAGCAGCAGUCGGCAGAAUACAGGAGCCUCAUACAGCAGAAAGAGGUGGAGAUCAGUCACUUGAAAGCCCGUCAGAGUGGAUUGCAGGAGGAGGUUCAAAAGCUUCAACGAUCCACCAAGGCCUCACUGGAACCUGCGGUACUUCCUGUUAGCACUGCAUCCUCUUACCUGCCACAAAUCUCAGUCCCCCAUGAGGGUUUCCAGAGCGAUGAAAUGGAUUUUGGUGAUGUCAUCUGGUCGCAGCAAGAGAUAAACCGUCUGUCCAGCGAGGUGUCUCGGCUAAAGGCGGAAGUGUCCCACUGGAGAGAGCUGUCACAAACAGCUAAAACUCCAGGAACAUCAAACAAUGACCAGGGAGACAUCCUAAAACUUCAGAAAACUAUCAAGGAGCUGAGGGAGACAAUGAGCCGUGAGAUGGAUGAGCACCAGCAUGAGCUGGCUGCGUUGCAGGAUGCGCAAAGGCAGAAGAUGGCAGAGGUUACGCGGCGUCACCGGGAGGAGCUGGCGGAGUAUGAGGAGCGGAUUGAGGAGCUUGAGGAGCAAAUCCAGAGCUGUACUUCAGGGACAGCAUCCCAGGAGUCGCUCAGAGUCACAGAGCUGCAGACCAGGAUUCGCACCCUACAAGAGGAUGCCGAGCAGCAAAACAAACAAGUGCAGAAUCUGAUAGACAGCAUGGCUAUGGCAAGUGAAAAGCAGGCUUUGCUACAGCAAGAGAAGGAACAGGCCCAAGCUGAGAAUGCUCAGCUGCUGCAAAACUAUGCUCGUCUACAGAGCUCAGUUGAGGAGCUCCAGACACGUGUGCAAGAACAAGAGGGGAAAGCCUUACACAAAGCACACCUAGAUAAUGAGAUCCAAACAUUAAAAAAGGCUCUUGCAGGAGCGGAAAAGGAGAUCUCAAGGUUAAAGAGUCUAAGCACGAAUGAAUCCAGAGUGGAAGUGGAACAUGCAGACAUUUUGGAGCUCAACACAAUAAUUGAGACCUUGAGAAGAGAGAAAGCUGAGAUCGAACAAGAAAAACUGGAUCUACUAGAAAGACUGAAGUGUGUGGAGGACAGUGUGGAGAAAAGCCAAGAAGUUGUUCCUGAGGCCUCAUUGCAAAUGGUAGCAGAACUGAAGGCACAGUUGGAGGAGAGGGAGAAAUCUCUUGUUGCUUCUCAGUUGGACUGUGACACAAUCAGUGCUGAACUAGAGGAACUUGACCGUCAGAACCAGGAGGCAACACAGCAUUUGAUCUCUCUGAAGGAUCAGAUGUUAGCAGAGCGUAAGGAGGCAGAUGCUUCAGCAGCUCGCCUGCAGUCAGAGCUGGAUGUCUUACAAAGAAAGAAUGAUAUGCUACAGGAGGAGCUACAGGCCCAGCAUGUAAAACUGAGUCAAAGCGCUUUUGCCCUCAAUGACAUGCACAUGAGGAGGCAGCAGCUGGAGGAGAUUGUGAAGCAGCUACAAGGGAAACUGAAUCAGGCACAGGGGCGCUGUUCAGACACACAGAAGGAGCUCACAGAGUUCAAGAAGCAGCUCCAGGAGAAGGAACACGAGUUGUCCGCAGUUAGACAGGAGCUAACCCAGGCUCGGGAAAGAGGGAGCCAAGUUGAAGGUCAGCAGAGGGUGCUGGAGGAAAAGCAAAAAGUAGUGGAUAUUCAAAGAGAGUUGACAGAAUUGAGGAACUCAAAUGAGAUGACAGUGUCUGAGAACUUUGAGAUUAGAAUGGAGAAUCAAAAGCUUAAGGAGAGACUAGAGGACUUAGGCAAGCAGAUACAUGAGGAGCAGACAGCACUCAGUGAGGUUGUUCUGGAGAAAGACACUUGCAUCAGUGCUCUGAAGCUUGAGAAGUGUGAAUUAGAAAGUGAGCUUAACCAAGCAGAAAAACGAUUGACUGAACAGGCACAGCAGUACCAGCGAACCAUUGAGGAGCUAACUAGAGCUAGAUCUAUGGAUGCUUCUGCCCUGCAGACAGAACAUGAACGUGCAGUCAAGCUUAACCGUGAGAAAGAUUUUGAGAUUGCCAAGCUAAUGAGGGAUAUUGAGCAGAUGAAAGCUGACCACCAGCACACUAAUGAGAUGCUGUCAACCACUGUAUUAGGACAACAACAGUUAACAGAGUUGCUAAAAGAAAAAGAUUCCUUUGUAGAGAUACUGAAGGCAAAAGUUGCUGAGAUUCAGCAGGAGCUGGACAAGAGUGUUGGCAUGGUUAAGGAAGGGGAUGCUUUGAGGCUCAUGGUAGAAGAGAAGGACAAACAACUAGGGGUGAUGAAGGAGGAGAACAGCCACUUGAAGGAGGAGAUUGACCGGCUGCGAGACCAACAGAGUAGGCCUCAGGUCCAGGCUGAACCUAGGACCCUUGAACUAAUCACUGAGCUCGAGACAGAGAUCACCCAACUCAAAAUGACAAGGGAUGCUCUAGAAGAAGAGUUGUCCACCCUAAGGAGAACCACAGAGGAACAGCGAGGAAGCCUUCUACAGUCACAGCAGUCUCUACAAGCACAUCAGAAUGAGCUUGAACAAGCCCAGUUACGCCACGAGCAGAGUGUGCUAAAUUAUGAGAAACUGAUUCAUGCAAAAGAUGAAGAGAUUACCCGCAUGCAGGAGGUUUUGGACAGUCUAAGUGAGCAAAGGACUCCUGAUUCUUUGUCCCCGCAGGGUCUGACACCUACUGUUGUCAUUAUGCAAGAAGACAAAACCCAAUCAAUAAAUGCUGAGAAUGGCAAUGAGAAACAUGACCUUUCUAAGGUUGAGAUCGAGAAACUGGUGAAGGGCAUCAAGGAAAAGGAAACUGAGAUCAGUUUGCUGAAUGAGAAGAACUUGUCUUUGACAAAGCAGUUGGACCAACUGGUAGUUUCCCAGGGUGAAGUUGGCAAGCUCUCUCAGAUAGUACUACAGAAGGACCUAGAGAUCCAGGCCCUACAUGCCAGGGUUUCAGCAGUUGGACAUAGCCAGCAGCAAUUGCAGAAUUAUGCUGUGGAACGUGAGCAACUGCUUGCUGUACUCAAUGAGAAGACCCGCGAGAACAGCCAGCUACGGUCAGACUACCACCGCCUAAUGGAUAUUGUGGCAGGCAAAGAAGCUGCAUUGCUUAAGCUCCAGCAGGAGAACCAGCGCUUGUCCACCAUGGGCGACCCAUCAGGGAGCCAAGAGAUGUUCAGAGAGACCAUACAGAACCUUUCUCGAAUAAUUCGGGAGAAGGACAUUGAAAUUGAUGCUCUGACUCAAAAGUGCCAGACAUUGGUCACUGUCUUGCAGGUGUCAGGUGGAGAUUCUGGAAAUGGUGGUGGUGGUGGAGGUGUAAGCAGCAAUCAGUUUGAGGAGCUUCUCCAGGAGAGAGACACCCUGAAGCAACAAGUGAAGAAGAUGGAGGAGUGGAAGCAGCAGGUAAUCACCACUGUGAAGAACAUGCAGCACGAAUCUGCCCAGCUCCAGGAGGAGCUCAUCAAGUUGCAAGGUCAGAUUUCUGCUGACAGCGACUGUAGCUCCAAGUUGUCAGUUGAUUAUGCCCGUCUGAUCCAGAGUUAUGAGCAGAAAGAAAGGAAGCUUGGCAGCCUAAGUCAAGAGCUUGCCCAGGUUCAGCAAACUAUCAGCCAGCUCAGCAGCACCAAGGAUGUCUUGUUAGAGAAGCUGGUAGCACAAGGUCCAGAGACCGUUUCCUCUGUAAAAGCAUCUGUGUCAUCUUCUGAAAUGAAGCAAUCCAGCCAUCAGAGCACAGACACACGGCCGAAUGACGGGCAGCUCAGCCGUCUGCAGCAGGAACUGGAGCAGCUGCGGAGGCUACUGUCAGAGAGAGACGCUACCAUCCGAACACUUCAAGAGAAUAACCACCGUCUAUCCAACUCUCUGGCCCUGACUUCAGGAAAUGAGCAAGCGGAGGAAGUACGCCAUCUCCGGGACAAGUUGGAGACCAUGCAGAAAUCCUUAAAGGAGAAGGACCUUCUGAUCAAAGCUAAGGGAGACCAGCUGAACCAUGCGAACGAGAACCUGUGGAACAGAGAGAAUGACAACGAGGUCCUGAAGCAAGCGGUGACCAACCUGAAGGAGAGGACGCUUAUCUUGGAGUUAGACAUCCGCAAGUUAAAGGAGGAGAACGAGCAAGUGGCAGCACGUUCGCGUGAGAAGGAGACAGAGUUUAGGGCUCUGCAGGAGACCAACAUGCAGGUGUCCCUGCUGUUAAAGGAGAAGGAGUUUGAGUCAAGUACAAUGAGAGAGAAGGCUGCUGCAAUGGAGAAAAUGCUUAAGGAUAGAGAACAGGGCAACUCUGGGGAGCUGAAUCAGUUGUUGAAUGAGGUGAGAUCAAUGCAGGAGAAGGCCGUGGCCUUCCAACAGGAAAGAGACCAGGUAAUUCUGGCCCUGAAACAGAAGCAGAUGGAAACUUCUGCCCUCCAAAAUGAGCUGCAACACAUGCGAGACAAAGAGCAACGUCUGCAGUUGGAGCUGGAGCGGCUGCGGGGUCACCUGCUAGAGGUUGAGGAUUCAUACACACGCGAGGCCCUGGCUGCUGAGGACCGUGAGGCUGAACUGCGCAGGAAGGUGGCUUUGCUGGAUGAGAAAUUGGUGACCUCGUCAAGUGCUGUUGAGAGUGCCAGCCAACAGGCUAGUCUGCAGGUGGAGUCCCUGCAGGAGCAGCUCAGCGGGAUGGUGAAACAGAGGGAUGAGGCACUGACUCAGCUGCGCAUAUCCCAGGAGCAGGUUAACCAGUAUGCAGUGUCACUCUCCAAUCUGCAGAUGGUGCUAGAGCAGUUCCAGCAAGAGGAGAAAGCCUUAUACUCAGCUGAACUGGAGAAGCACAUCAAAGCGAAGGCAGAAUGGAAGAAGAAGGCAGAGAUGUUUGAGGAUAAGGCUUCAAACCUGCAGAUCAGCUUGGAUGAGGCCAAUGCAGCCUUGGACUCAGCUUCCCGGCUCACUGACCAGCUGGACCAGAAGGAGGAGCAAAUUGAGGACCUAAAGAAACAAGUGGAGGUGCAGCAGGAAAUGCUGGAAGAGGCUCAGAACAAGCUGAUGAACCUUCUCAAUAGCACCGAAGGCAAAGUGGACAAGGUCCUUAUGCAAAAUCUGUUUAUGGGGUAUUUUCAUACCCCCAAGAACAAGCGGCAUGAAGUUCUAAGACUCAUGGGCAGUGUGCUGGGUUUAGACAGGGACAGUGUUGAAAAGUUGCUGGAGGAAGAGGGCAGACGUGGUGUUACGGGCUGGAUGUCCAGCUGGCUGGGGGGCAGAGCAGUGCAGAGUGUGCCCACCACUCCUCAGAGACCUGGUGUCACCCAGCCAUUCAACACUUCAUUCUCUGAGUUGUUUGUGAAGUUUCUGGAGGUAGAAUCCCGCCCUGCCCUUCCAGCUCCCAAGCUGCCGGUCUAUGACAUUAUGCCUCUGAGUGCACCACCUCCUGGUCGCACUGCCAGUACUGCCACUCCAAUUGCAGCAGCUGCUGCUGGUUCCAGUAAAUGGGCAGGUGAAGGCAAUCUUUUCCUUGCCCCACGCUCAGCAGCCGUACCUCUGCUGAACCCCAGUGCUCCAGGCGUGGGUGGUGGGGGCAGCCAUCUGCUGAUGAAGCCCAUCUCUGAUGCCCUGCCCACCUUCACACCCGUGCCCGUGUCAGCCGAGGCCAGUGCAGGGGCAGUGCUCAAGGAUCUUCUCAAGUAGCAUGCGGCCCACAAAAGUGUCACUCGAAGCACUUUAAGCCAUGAAGAGCUGGACACUGUGCAGUCUCAGCAUUUGAAGCUGCAGCCAUCACUGUAAUACCAGCUACACAGAAACACUAGUGGUCCUCAGGUUUCUGAAAGUUACAGAAAAUUGAAUGAACUGGAAUAAGUUGUAUAUAGUUUUAUGAAGGUCAUCACACCAGGAGUCUUCAGGUAUUGCAGCCAGUUACUGUUAUCCCAAAAUUCACUCUUCUCGCUGAAAGACACAGGUAGGACUCUUUGCAUAAAUCAUGACGUCAUCUUGAUGGCAGACCUGACUGAAAAAGCACUUUGUACAUUUGGGUGAACGUAUUGCAUCUGUUUAAACUGUUUCCCAGAAUUUUCCCUGAGGUGCGCUGUGCUGGAGAAGAGCAUUUUUGUGCUUUGGUGUAAGAUAAUAGUUUUGAAGUAUUUAAGGUUUUUUUUUCCUGUUCUUAGUUUAAGGGAUGCUGGGGUUUUCGGAAUCACACAUUUACAAAAUUUGAAGUGGAUUAGAAGUGAAAUGUAACACUAGGGUUGUUACUGCAGGAAAGUGAGGUCUGAUCAUAUUGAAAUAUAAUAAAUACAUUGCCAUAUAUAGAAGGAUGGAUGUUUCUUUCAUUUGAAAAGUUUUUUUUGUUUUUGGAGUUUAGAAAGGACUAUAGCUUUGAAGAGGAGUACAUACUUGGAAAAAUCCCC